AUUUUAUAUAAAUAAUUUCAUAUAAUUGAUAAAUUAGUUAGUUAUGCCUGUUAAUUUUAAACUAACUUAAUUGAGAGUUAUAAGCUAUUAAAUUUAUUGUAAUAUAUUUGUUAUAAAAUAUGAGUGACCUAGCUAAUUAUGAGAUAAAAUGUGUGGUUUGCGGAGACAGAGCUAUUGGUGAAAAUUAUGGCGCCUAUACGUGUCACUCGUGUAAAUCAUUUUUCCGGCGACAAGUCACUACAAACAAGACAAUUAGCAUAACACAUAUGGAUAGUACUAUAUCAGGGGAACGGGCACUUUCUAUCAUACCUGUCCACAGACCGCUUAUGGACUACAAAAAUCAAUUGAAUGAAUUAGAGGGCUAUAGAUUGAGUGAACUGUUAACGGCUACGACAUUAACCGCAAUCGUAUUAUUUAACCCAAAUCGGUUGAACCUAAUUAAUAGGGAUGUCAUAAAGUUACAACAACACACUUACGUUUAUUUACUGCGACGUUUAUAUCAUUUGCACGUAUUAUCGCUGGAAUUGAUGGAAACGGACCGCAAAGUACUGUUACCCUAUCCAUUGAUGCGUGAAAUAUUUGCUUGA